AUGGAUUACUUAGACUAUUCUGAGUAUGCGGACUUGAUAGAGUUGUUUGUUGAAACUCUGACUGGAACAGUUUUUGAGUUAAGAGUUUCACCGUUCGAAACUGUUAUUUCAGUAAAAGCCAAAAUACAACGGCUUGAAGGUAUACCGCUCAGUCAGCAACACCUUAUAUGGAAAUCAGUUGAGCUUGAAGAUGACUACUGCUUACAUGAUUAUGGAAUAAGUGCCGGCUGUACGUUGAAAUUGGUGCUGGCAAUGAGGGGUGGUCCCAUCAAUACCAGGAGGAUACCAAUGGAAGAUCCGGCCAUCCGAGAAAUGGCAGAAUACAUGGAAGCCAACAAAGAUGAAAUCUUGGAACGAAUCCCUGGUAAUCGCCAGGUAACACUUCUAGUUUUUCGUGAGGGUGAUCAGCUUAACUUCUUUCGAGUAGUUGACCGCGGAGAUGGCACUUUGACACCACUAUCAGAGUCCUUAAGCGGAGCAUCUAUGUACAACAUGGUUGAUGAGGAUGACCAGGAACCAGUGCUGUCUCAAGAAACAGUCAAGGAGAAUGAUGUUACCAUGAAUAAAAUGAAAUUGUUAAGAGCCAAGAUGGAGAAUAUGAGUAUUUCAAGAAAAAAACCCAAGACACAACCAAGACCACCAUCAGGAGGUCGCCCCAAAAGCGGUUUUCGACGACGGCAGUCAGCUAGUAAAAAGAAGAAGCCAAAUCCGGGUACCAAAUCAUCAAUCUUACCUCCGCUUAGUCUAUCUCAACCCAUAAGUACACAGGUUGCCACUAACAAUCAUACUUUAACUCACAACGCUCAGUCUAUAGAGGGCGCUAGUCAUUCACGAGCAGAGAAACGAACUAAACUUCAAAGCCCUGGACUAUCUGCUAAAGCAUUAGAAAGUUUAAAGGAUGUUUGUUUACAGAGGUCAUACACGAACCUUGGAACAUUGCCAACAAGUUCAAAAAGUGUGUUAGAGGACAUGCGUCCAAACACUUCAAUGACUUCAAACGUUAUUUCCACGUCAAACUUGGAUCGCAAAAAUUCUAGUAUUGGUUCCAAACGUGAUCUAAGCACAUUAAAGUCAGCGGAUGCACGAAUGGUAACAGAUCUUGUGAACCAAGCCAAUAAGGAGGGGAAGAUAAAUAAUAUAUUGUGUACGACAUCAAGAGAGUCGCAUACUGGUAAAGGGAGUGGGCACGGUAGAGGGACAUCAGGUACAAUUUCAUUAUCACGUGCUAUGAACAGUGCAGGAAUAGGUAACGCAAGAUGCUCAGAAAGAAUCGGUACCCCAGAAACACGCAAGUCCUUAAUUUCUGCCCAUAGUAUAAGACACCGAUUAUCUGGCAGUCGAGAUGGCCGAAUAGUUUCCCCAAUACAUCGAUUACCACCGGUUUCAAAGCCACCUUUAACAUCCAACAAGAAAAAGACAAGUAAAAGGUGCUUUCUGUGCAACAAGAAAACAGGCCUUGCCUCCAGCUACAAGUGCAGGUGUGGUCGUAACUUUUGUGCCAGUCAUCGCUACGCUGAAGUACAUAGCUGCGGUUAUGAUUACAAAAGCGAGGGACGCAAAUUGUUGGAGCAGAGUAAUCCAAUGGUUACCGCCCCUAAGCUACCCAAGAUAUAGUCACCAAGCGAGGGCAGUACAUGUGAAUCUACUUAGCUACUGAAAUUUUAGGAUUCUACACCAUAAAAAUUCUUGCAAUUAUUAUUAAUCUUUAUGAAAGUUUUUUAUGCAAAUUUAUUUUUCUGACGUGUCUGCUUGCUGACACUUGCAUUUUUUAUUGCUGAUAUUGUUAACUGUUUUUCAAUACUUGAAUAAUUAUCAGGAUGUUCUUAUGUACAUUAAGAGAAAUUCUUGCUGUUAAACAGUCUCCUAUUUGUGUAGAAUUAAAAAUUAUGGAAAUCAAAAAUAUUGUUGAGAAGGUAUUUACACUUUUUUUUUUUACUUUUUCCAUAAUAUUGAUCACCAAAUUAUUAAUGUAAUUCCCUUUUAAAUAAUUUAAAACAUAAUUAAAUUAUAUUAAAAUUAAUUAUUUGGUAAUUACUAAAAAUCACUGUGGUGUUAAUAACUAAUUGUCUAAAAAAUGCAAAACAUUUUUUUUUAGUUUAAAAAAUAUUUUAGAGUAAGUGAAUAUGAUUUUUAAUUACUUGGAGAAAAUGUUAUUUGACCACAAAAAUCAAGGAAUGUUUGAGGGUUCUGUAUUGACCAUUUUCGCGAAAUUUGAAAUGAAAAUUUUUGAUAACCUGGCAACUGUCACUGAUGGACUAUCGGAGACCUAGCAUUUCGCUCUGUGUAGUUACCAUCAUAAAUUAAAUCAAUGAUAAAACUAAAUUACUAACGAGCACAAAUAUUUUAAAACGGAAAAAAACGAAAUGUUUAUAUUAAAAACAAGUCAAAGACUUAAAAAGCUAUUUCAAAGAUUAAUUAUACAGUAAUUAGCGUAUAAUCGUUUCUGUUGUCUACUGCUUCUAUAGCAGGUCUAGUGGCGCUAACCGCUGGGCAGUGCUCUAUUUGUAACUAGCCACCUUCUCAGGCUAGGCUGUUGGAAGUCCCCCAGUGAGUUGCGAGACGUUGGUGGCGCUGUUUUAAAAUAUAUCCAAUAAAAUUGUCUAUAGUCAAGUAAUUUGAUAGGUUAUUAAUUUUCUUCUUGAUUAUUGUGGAAUGAGAUUAUCAAUAUUAUUUCGUGUUGAUUAAUAUUAAUUGAAUUUGGUAAUAAUUAUUAUGGUAACAAAGUACUUUGGAAUUGUGUUACAUCCUUCUUAUGUUCUUUUGAGAAUGGGAUUUAAAUUUAAAUAUAAUUACUUAUAAAUAUUUAUUAUUUGUACCAUCUACCCAAAAUAAUUAUGGACAGAGAUUUAAAUUUCAACUUUCCAAAAUUUAAAAUCGGUGCUGAAUAGCGAAAUCUUCCAGAAAUUGAUGUGGAUAUUUUGCUUGUUAGAAUUUUUUUAAUUGGUGUUGAAUUGUAGCUAAUUAUGUAUGCAUAUUGUAGAUAAUUAUGUAUGCAUUAGUGUAUCAUUUUUAUUUGAAUAAUGUGCAAUAUACGAUUUUGAAAUUUUAGAUUUGGAAGCAAAAGUUGAUGUCAUAGGUUUAUGAUAUUCCAACUAUUUCUUUGAUAUUUUAGGUUCAAAAAUGUAAACAAUAUUUUGAGACUUUUACAAUAGAGAAAUGUAAGAGUCUUUCUCAUUCCGAAAUAAUUAUGUAACCUCAUGAACCUUUUAAAGUUUAUUAGCAUGAACCUACCUUUGCUGUUGCAAAAUUAUAAAUUAUGGAUGUACUAUUAAAGAUGUAUUGCCCCUUGAAAAAUACAAAAAUGCGUAAAUAAUUAUGAAAUUACUUCAUUUUGCAGUAACAAAUUGUUAACUUGAGCAUAACAAUUAUUGAAUUUAAAAAUAUUUUCUAUGAUUUUUAUAUUAGAUAAUGAUAAUAAAACUAAUGAAACACUUCCAGUGAACGUUUUUCGAUAAUAUGAUGGGUAAACAUUUUUUAAUUACACUAAUUUUUGCUCAUUUUUAUUUUACUUCAAAAUGGGAAAGGUAAUUUCGGAAAAUAAUUUUUAUUAUUUUUCUGCUAUUUUGCAUGAGACAAUACAUCUUUAAAUAUUUUAUAGAAGUGUAUUGGGUUUAUAUAGAAAUAUUUCUUAUUCAAGAUUUAACUUUAUUAUAAAUGUUAUUAAUUACAUAUUAAUUGUUAUUGUUAACAUGAUUCUUGAUUUUUGAUGUGUGAAAUUCAAUUUUCAGUUAACUGUGGGUGUAAAAAAUCAAGUUUUGGUAGAUUCAUGUGUUUACAUACUUCAAUGCUGUACCUUUUUUAAAAAGGACAAUUUCUUGAUGCUUUUUGUGCCAAAACCACAUAAAUUAAUUUGUUUAUUUGUGGCAUUAUUAUGGCAGGGGUCCCUAGUUGGAAGAAAUUCAUUCCUGGAGAUCUUGUUAAAUGACCUUUCUUAACCCACUUGAAUUUUAUUGCUGUGCAUGAUGCAACCCGUUGGCAACGACUUCCAUGAGACAAUUGACAGGGGCGGAUCCAGAGACGUCCGAAAGUGUGGCCGAUCGAUACAACACUGCUGUAGGGAGUCCAGAGGAUUUCCUUCACCAAAUUGUUGUUUUCUAGGCACCCGAAAAUAUCCUCCGAGGCAUUUUGGAAGGUCAAAUAUUUCUUUUUACUUCUUUCCCUUUUUUUUUUUUACUUUCCAAAAGGGGCGGGGGAAAGGGCCGGUCCGACCCCUUCUCUAAAUCCACCCCUGAUUAAUAGUGAAGUGGUAAAAACAUACAAAUAUUAUGAAUUUGCGGGAGAUUCUUGCUUGCAGGAGUGCGGGAGUCCAUCCCGACUUCCUGGAGACUUGGGCGUGGGACCCCUUUUAUGGUUCGAUGUUAUGUAAGGUGACAUUUACACAGUUUUUUGGGGGUUUUUUUUAUUACAAACUGCUCGAGUAUUUGAUAGAAGAACUAGCAAACUGUAUUUACAACCCAACUUUUAGGAUUAGAUUAAUACAUUUUAUUUAUAUUCGAUUUCAGUAAUUCAUUUUACAUUCUAAAAUGUAGUCUAAUUUUUAAAAUGGAAAUUUUAAUCGAAAGAGGAUUUAAAUUGAUUGAGUUUAUUGUUCAAAAAAAAAAUAGUCUUAGAAUAAAUGUGUACAAAAGGGAUAGUAAAUGAUUAAUUCACUUAUCUAUACCAGGGAUAAAAUUUAAUUUCAUAUGACUUUAUUUUAACAAGAAAAUGGCUGGUAAUAUUGCUCAGAGAAACUAUCUUUAACCUCACCCAUAGAGUGGGUUAACCAGCUGAUGAAUUCUAGCCUUUAUUGAAUAACUCAUUCAAAUUGUUACAGAAACGAAUGAAUGCUAAUGCUGUUAUAGCAUUUUGUUGAUUUUAAGACCAAGCAGUUAUUAAUCACAUUGUGCAUAGAGACCUGCUGCUGGUAAUAAUUUCUCAUUGCUUUAAUAUCAACUUCAAGUAAUUGUUAAGGAUUAAAUCUUUUGCUAUAGAGAAUGAUUGCCACUGAUGCUUUUGUUUUUUUUAUUUUAGGAAAAAUGUACGAAGAAAUUGUGCUUAAUGUUCUGAAGAUUAUAUUUAUUAUUACUUUUAAUUUUGUACAUAAUUUCCGAAAUGUCACUCAAAUCAAGACAUGAAUUAAAGUCAUUGGAAUAAAUAACAAAUUGAUUAUGCA